AGACUGCACCAGCCAUUAUGGAGGUGGCCGAGGUGGAGAGUCCGCUUAACCCCAGCUGUAAGAUCAUGACCUUCAGACCCUCCAUGGAGGAAUUCCGAGAGUUCAACAAAUACCUUGCAUACAUGGAGUCUAAAGGAGCCCAUCGAGCGGGUCUUGCAAAGGUGAUUCCUCCUAAGGAGUGGAAGCCAAGGCAGUGCUAUGAUGACAUUGACAAUUUGCUUAUUCCAGCACCGAUUCAGCAGAUGGUCACAGGACAGUCAGGAUUGUUUACUCAGUACAACAUCCAGAAAAAAGCCAUGACAGUGAAGGAGUUCAGGCAGCUGGCCAACAGUGGCAAAUAUUGUACUCCAAGAUACUUGGAUUAUGAAGAUUUGGAGCGCAAGUACUGGAAGAACUUAACCUUUGUGGCACCCAUCUAUGGUGCAGACAUUAAUGGGAGCAUAUACGAUGAGGGUGUGGAUGAAUGGAACAUAGCUCGCCUAAACACGGUCUUGGAUGUGGUUGAGGAAGAAUGUGGUAUUUCUAUUGAGGGUGUAAAUACCCCCUAUCUCUAUUUUGGCAUGUGGAAAACCACAUUUGCAUGGCACACUGAGGAUAUGGACCUCUACAGCAUUAAUUAUCUCCACUUUGGAGAGCCCAAGUCUUGGUAUGCAAUACCCCCAGAACACGGAAAACGACUGGAAAGAUUAGCUCAAGGUUUUUUCCCAAGCAGUUCUCAAGGGUGUGAUGCAUUUCUUCGCCACAAGAUGACACUGAUCUCUCCCUCAGUACUGAAGAAAUAUGGUAUUCCCUUUGACAAGAUCACACAGGAAGCUGGAGAAUUUAUGAUCACUUUCCCAUAUGGCUACCAUGCUGGUUUUAAUCAUGGUUUCAACUGUGCAGAAUCUACAAAUUUUGCUACUGUCAGAUGGAUUGACUAUGGAAAAGUUGCUAAAUUGUGCACCUGCAGGAAAGACAUGGUGAAAAUUUCCAUGGAUAUCUUUGUGAGGAAAUUUCAGCCAGACAGAUACCAGCUUUGGAAGCAAGGGAAGGAUAUAUACACCAUUGAUCACACAAAGCCUACUCCAGAAUCCACCCCAGAAGUAAAAGCAUGGCUGCAAAGGAGGAGGAAAGUACGAAAAGCAUCCAGGAGCUUCCACUGUGCUAGUUCUCACUCCAAGAAGCCUAAGAAUGAGGAGGACGAGGAAGUGUCAGCUACAGUUGAUGGGGCAGAGGGCCCCACUGCUGACUCAGACCCACAAGACUUCAAAGACUGUGAAAAGCCAGGAGAAGCAAAGAAAGUAGCAAACACAGAAGUACCUUCAGAAGAAGAGGCCUCUGCUAGCAGGAUGCAGCUGGAUCAUAAUUUCUCAGAUGAGCUCAGACUCUCAGGAAACAUCUGCCUAAGCACCGCUCUAGCAGAGGAAAUCAAAACCGAGGCUGACCGAACCUGUGCCACAGUUCCACCUUCGAAUCCCAGGGCAGCCUGCGCUUCUAUGUCUAGUGGCCACGUGACGUCUGAGGAAUCAGACCCACCCAAGCUUCCCUGGCCAAAAUCGCCUGAGUCUUACUCCUCCGUAGCAGAGAGUACCAGUGCUUUGACAGAAGGAGAAGAGAGUGAUGUGGAGAGCCGAAGGAGUGGCCUCGAACCUGGGGAAGCCUCAGCGGUCCUCAGUGGCGAGAGAAAUGGCUUCAAAGUUCCCAGUAGAAUAGAGGGAGAAACCAAAACUGCUAAAAGUUGGCGCCAUCCACUUAGUAAACCUCCAGCAAGAUCGCCAAUGACUCUGGUGAAGCAACAGGCGCCGAGUGAUGAAGAGUUGCCUGAAGUUUCAUCGAUUGAGGAGGAAGUGGAAGAAACCGAGUCUUGGGCGAAACCUCUGGUCCACCUUUGGCAGACAAAGCCCCCAAACUUUGCUGCUGAGCAAGGGUAUAAUGCAGCCCUGGGCAGAAUGGAGCCACACUGUGCCAUCUGUGCGCUGCUCAUGCCCUACUACAAGCCAGAUGGCAGCAAUGAAGAAAAUGAUUCUAGAUGGGAGACAAAAUUAGAUAAAGAAGUGGUUACUUCAGGAGGGAAGACUAAGCCCCUCAUUCCAGAGAUGUGUUUUAUUUAUAGUGAAGAAAAUAUAGAAUAUUCUCCACCUAAUGCCUUCCUGGAAGAGGAUGGAACAAGUCUUCUGAUUUCCUGUGCAAAGUGCUGCGUACGGGUUCAUGCAAGUUGUUAUGGUAUCCCUUCUCAUGAGAUCUGUGAUGGAUGGCUGUGUGCCCGGUGCAAAAGAAAUGCGUGGACAGCAGAGUGCUGUCUCUGCAAUUUGAGAGGGGGUGCUCUUAAGGAAACAAAGAACAAUAAGUGGGCCCAUGUCAUGUGUGCCGUUGCAGUCCCUGAAGUCCGAUUCACUAAUGUCCCAGAAAGGACACAGAUAGAUGUAGGCAGAAUUCCUUUACAGAGGUUAAAAUUGAAAUGUAUGUUCUGCAGACACCGGGUUAAGAAGGUCUCUGGAGCCUGCAUCCAGUGUUCCUAUGGCCGCUGCCCGGCUUCCUUCCAUGUCACAUGUGCUCAUGCUGCUGGGGUGCUGAUGGAGCCUGACGAUUGGCCAUAUGUGGUGAACAUCACGUGCUUUCGGCAUAAGGUCAACCCACAUGUGAAGUCCAAAGCUGGCGAGAAGGGCAUCUCUGUGGGCCAGACAGUCAUCACAAAGCAUCGGAACACUCGGUACUACAGCUGCAGGGUGAUCGCCGUGACCUCGCAGACCUUCUAUGAAGUUGUGUUUGAUGAUGGCUCCUUCAGUAGAGACACGUUCCCUGAGGACAUCGUGAGCCGGGACUGUGUGAAGCUAGGCCCUCCUGCCGAGGGAGAAGUCGUCCAAGUCAAGUGGCCCGAUGGCAAACUCUACGGGGCAAAAUACCUUGGAUCAAAUGUUGCCCACAUGUACCAGGUUGAAUUCGAAGAUGGAUCCCAGAUAGCGAUGAAGAGAGAGGACAUCUACACUUUGGAUGAAGAGUUACCCAAGAGAGUGAAAGCGCGUUUCGUAAGUGCUAGGCAGUUCCUCUUCGGGGUCUGCCAAGUGAAGCCUUUCUCCUCUGCUGUCUUCCAAGACCAGCAGGAAACAUGUUUAGCCCUUUGGAUUGACUUUGAAGAAAGCCAGUGCAACUUUUCCCUUACUGAAACCUACUGAAUCCAAAGCUCAAAUUUAGCCAGAAACAGGGAAACCAGUAUAAGUUCCUUAUUUUUCUUUCUAAUGAGGUCAGAUGGUGCUUCUUUUGACAUUAACAUUUAUUGGUAUGCAAAAAUAGUUAUUGAAUGUGUGCUAUUUGCAAAGCUCUGGGAACCUACAAAGAUACCAUUAAGACAUUUACAAUCUAGUGAGUAGAAGCAACAUUUUAAAAAAUCUUUCAGUAGUAAGUUAAAGGAGAUCCAGCAUAGCGGACAUCAAGUUUCCUAUAGCCUUAUCAUAUACAGUUCACCCUUGAAUAAUGUGGGGGUCGCAGGGCACUGACCCUCCACACAGUCACACAUACCUUACACAGUCAGAAUGUCCCUCUUCAAGUUUCCACGUAAGCGGAUUCAACCAACUGCAGAUUGUGUGUACUGUAGUAUUUACUAUUGAAAAAAUCCUUAAGUGGACCCAUGCAGUUCAAACUCAUGUUGUUCAGUGGUCAGCUGUAUUGAUUAACUUCUCUCUGAGAAACUCAUUAUUGCUUGUGUCAAUUCAUAAUUAAACUGAGCUCUCACUUUUGUAACAAAAGGAAUAAACAAAGCCCAAAUACUAGUUGUGGGAAUACUAAAGCAAUUUUUUAAAAAGGAAAAUGUUAUUAGUUUCAAGCCCUAUAACAUACCAUUAAAAGAUAAAUCAACAUGGACAAAUAAUCAAAACUGAAAUUGUUAAAAAAUAUACUUUACAAUAACUUAGUUUUCAUUAUUGUAUCAUAAAAUAUUCACUGGACCCUGAAAUGAAGUCAGUUUUACUCAUUUAGAAUUGCAUCUUCGGCAUCUGUGAAAUGAUAUAUCCUAAACAAGGAGAUUGAAUGAAUGGGGUUUUUCUGACUGAAAUGAAAUUUUUUUCUGAAUAAAUGACAUCCUUAGUUUUCAGUGCAUGCUUGUGAUUUUCUGCAGUGAUAGAGUUCCCAUAGAUUAAUUUGGAAAAACCAUAGGUUUCCUUAAAUGUUCAGCUGUAUAUUCAGCUCCCCUCCUAUCAGGUAGGAUCCUGAGAACAAGUAACUACAUCAACUGUGAACUGACUUUUCCUUCUCAGCUGCAUCCUUGAGAGGAAGGUCCUUCAAAGUGAAACAGUCAAGAGAAGAAUGACAGUAACAGUACUGCUACCCAGUGAGGAAGUGUGGCACCCAGGGGACCCACACAUCUGAAAAUAGAUUAACUCUCAGAUAAUAAACUGCAGGGAAAGGGAAAGUAAAAUAUUCUAUUAAACCUUAGCAAAGACUUAAAACACCUGGAUAAUUUGUCAGUGUUCUAGGUCUUGAAAUCUCAUGAGAAAUUUCCUAUUGAGUAUGCUAGAGGUGACUGCCUCUUAUUCUAUGCUCUUUUCUUCCAUGGAUUCCCCCCACUCCCACCCCCUUUGCCUGUGCUUUUUUUUUUUUUAAAUCACCUAGCAAUUUAGAGGUUGGUAAAUGGAGUAGGUAGCCCUCUGGAGGUCUCUCAGGUCUUUGAUUUUCUAAUCCAUGUAUGGCUAAGCAUCCUAUAGAUUUCAUCUUAUAGAUUUCAAAUACUGCUUCUUAAUCGCAUUAAAGGAAAGCUUUUUGUUCUGUGCUCCAAUUGCAAUCUCUGUUCCACAAUAGAUUUGGCUCCAAUACCAGUAUGCUUUCUCAUGGAGCUUUACCUGAGUACGGCUCCUGAGUUUUUUAAGGUUCAUUUCUUUGAAUGAUCACACCAAAUUUAACCUGAAAAAAUUCUCGGAGAAAAAAAUUUUAAUUAAAAAAAGGGCAGUGAAAAAUAUAAGAAUCACAUAGAUGCUCUGAAUCUAUCCUGUUAUGUUGAGCCAGUUUGCUCAGAGCCCCUAAAUCCAUUUUGCCACCUUUGUUUUUACUGAAUCAAAGACUUAAUGCACUCCUGUUGUAGCAACCCAGCUUUUCCUUCAGGUCAUAUAUAACCCUCUGCCCUUGGCGAGUCUGCCUAUGACUGCUAUUUGCUUUUCCAGUUGGUGAAACAAAUCUAAUUGGAAAACUCAUUGAUAGAAUAUAUUUUAUGACUAGAGAAAUGUCUUGGUUUUUCUAAGGAGAGGUGGGUUGCGGUCCUCACUGGGAGGCCUUCAUGUUUUAAUGACUCCAGCUCACCCAGACACACGCUGACUCGGGGAGAAAUUUUUCAAAAGAGUCAGCAGUCCACCUCGGUGAUUGUGCUGGUUCUUUUCCACUAACUUCCAAACGGCCCCAUUACCUUUUAUUGUCUCACAGAAUAACCAUAGCAACGGUGCAUAAUUAACUAGCACUGCUGGUAAAUCGGUUUUAUUAUUGUAUUUGAGAGUCUGACUUUUGCUGUUCUCACACAGUGGCAACACUCUCAUAGAUAUUUUAUUUUCUCCUUUGAUAACUUUAGCACUUACAAAAGGGAACGAUUUCUCGAGGAAAUGCUUUGCCAAGAAUGAAUGAACGAACCAACAAUGUUUUUCUCCUAGUGGCAGAGGGCACCCAAGCCACCCACAACCUGUUCCUUUUCUUCCUGAGUGAAGUUACGGGGUGUCUGGGGAAAUCCACGGAGGUAGCCUGUCACCCUGGAUAACCGUCUCACAAACUGGCAGAGAACAUGCCCAGUUGCACACUUGGGUCCAUUUUGGGUUCAAGUCUCUUUGUAAUUGUUUAAUUGCUUGUCUCUUCUUCACAAUUGACUACAUGCUUUCAGGUCUUAAAAGGUAGACUCUGCCUCUGUCACCACCAGGGGAGGUGGCCUCUAAUGACAGUGAAAAACACACUGUGUUGAUGUUGUCUGAAAUGAUCCACCUCAGUAAAAACCAGCUGGAAACACAUUUGAGGGGGCAAAAUAGUAGGGAAUUAGGAAGGGAAAGUAGUGCUGUAAUGUAGGGCUUACCUGAGCCUAACAGAAAAAGACCACAUCCCUUCACCCAGCUUACACUUGCUGAGCAGUGACGGAGGCUGGGCACAUUGUGUGGUGUUGGGAAUACAUAAAAUUCAGUCCACAGUCCACAGUAUUCUCUCCUAAAGGGUUCAAGAAACAUGCCCCCUUAUCUCUGCCACUCCCCUCAUUUUACUGUGCUGACACUUAGAGUGUUAUAGGACCCCAAAAGAAGGGCCCUCAAGUUUGCCAGUGGCAGAGAAUAUAGAGUAUCUUCCAUGCAAAGGAAACAGUGUAUCUGAAGACAGACAGGUGUGAGCCAGGAAAGUCUGGGCAGGAAUUGCAGGUAAUUCAGUCUGACCCAAGCCUGGGGUGGGAUUAUGCCUGGUUAUGCAUAUCUGGUCUAGGAAGCUUAGAUGUCAUGUGGAAGACAGGGCUGUUGAAAGACUGUAAGCAGGGAUGUCAUAUUAUCAAAGAUUUUAGAGAGCUUUCUUCCAGUUGGUCUGUAAAAAAUAGACUGGGUGUGCAGCAUUUGUUACAGUGGUUUGUGAAGGAGAGGAAGUGUGAGGGCCUGCACCAUGGGGUCAGUAGGGUUAAAGAAGAAAAGAUGGAGGGCUUUGAGGUACAUGUAGGAGGGAUCCUGGACAGGGUGGGGACCAGGGAAGUUUAUGAUGACUUUUAGAUUUCUGAUCAAUGUAGCUAGAAUUGACGGGGAUGGUGCUGCCACUUAUGGAAUAUAAAAAGGCUAGCAAUAGAGAAGGAAGACUCUGAGUUCACUUUAGGAUGGGUGGAUUCAAAGUGCCUCCAGAUAAACACUCUGAGAUGCCUGCAGGGCAGUUGGACACCCAGGCCUGAGCACAGGGGGAGGUCUGAACUGAAGCAAGAGAUGUGAGCAUUGAUGUAGGAACUGAAGUUGUGACCAUGGCAGGCAGGCCUGAGGAGUGUAUGUGGAGAGGAAAAGGCCAUACAUGCAAAGCCCCAAGGGCAUCAGAGCUGAGCACAUAGUUAAGAAAGGGGAACCCUGAAGACAUCAAUGGUGAGCAGCCAGAGGAGGAGGGGGAGAGGCAGGAGGACAGCUUACAAAAUGAUAAAGAAGAGAGCUUCAUGCAACCUUUAGGGGACAGUAUCCCUAUAAAUUUAGGAUAGAGAAGGACCCUAGGAACUAGGACUCAAGCAAGGACUAUUUGGGGAAAGUGGUGGGGGCAGAGGCCCAGAGGUAAGUAGGAAUAGGGGUGAGUUAGAGAUGACUGUGAACAAAUCUGUCAAAUACCUGGUCUGGCAGGGGCUGGAGGAGCCGGGGGAGGAGGCAUGGAGAGUGACGGAGAUUUAAAGGAGAGGACUUUAGUCCUGCUUGUGUUGGGGAAAGUUCUUGGGGGUUGGGGAUCCUGAAGAAAAUGGGGCUAAAUGGAGCACAUGGGGAGGUUUCAGGGCCUCGGCACCUUGCCUACCACUCACCGAGUCAGAUAUUUGUCCUUCUUGUGAGGGCUAAUGCUGUCCUUCUGCAGUGUAACACUGGCUCUUCUUAGUCCACAGCCUCUGACAUGCGAUUUGAAGACACGUUUUAUGGAGCAGACAUAAUCCAAGGG